AUGUAUGACGACCCUUUGAUGCCAUUAAUCAAACUGCUAUGCAUCGAUAAAGCUGUCAAGUCUAAUGUUAAGACAAAUACUACUACUAUAGCUUGCGUACUUACUUCGAUCUAUCACAUCACACUUGCUCAGAAGGGAUCAAGCGUUUUCGCGAUGUCGCUGGAUGCGAGUAGUCGUCGCUUGAUGAAGGAACUACAACAGUUAUCCACUGAGCCACCCACGGGAAUCGUUGUGAACAAAGAUGCAGCUAGCUCUGAUUUGAAACAAUGGCGAGUGGACGUAAUAGGCGCAGCAGGUACUCUCUAUGAAGGCGAGAAGUUUUCGCUGCAGUUCCGCUUUUCUCAACAGUAUCCUUUCAAUUCCCCAGAGGUUAUGUUUGUUGGCGAAAAUAUACCUGUUCAUCCGCACGUCUAUUCCAACGGUCAUAUCUGCCUGUCAAUUCUUUCGGAGGAUUGGACUCCAGCCUUGAGUGUGCAAGCCGUGUGCCUUUCAAUUUUGUCCAUGUUAUCUUCUGCUCGAGAAAAGAAACGACCGCCAGACAAUGCGUUGUAUGUACGAACGUGUAACAAAAAUCCCAGUAAGACACGAUGGUGGUUUCACGCCUAUAAGUCAUGGCCGUAUUGA